UCGACACACUCACGCGGGCUUCAUCCGUACAUACACUACUGUACAUAUUAAUAAAUCCGCACAAGACGGAAAUCAGUAAGACAUACAAACUGCAAAAUGGCUUCUCAACUACAAAACAGCAAGUUAGGGUUCAUCGGAGGCGGUAACAUGGCCGGUGCCAUUAUUGGUGGUCUCGUGGCUAAGGGCAUUAACAAGCAGAAUAUUAUCGUCUCGGAGCCCUGGGAGGUGAAUCGGGAUAAGAUUGGGGCAACGGGGGUGCGCACCACCGCAUCCAACGCUGAGGCUUCGCAGGAUGCGAAUCUCCUCGUCCUCGCAGUGAAGCCGCAGGUUACAAAGGGCGUAUGCCAAGAGCUUGCCGGCGCUUGGGCCGAGCGCACGUCCCUACCUUUAAUUGUCUCUAUUGCCGCAGGCAUCACGCUGGAGAGCCUCAAGGAGUGGUUGAAGCUCGCCGACGGACGCACACCCCACAUCAUUCGUGUUAUGCCUAAUACACCCGCCUUAUUAGGUGAGGGCGCAUCGGGCCUUUUCGCAAGUGGCGACGUGUCGCAAGAAGAGAAAGACUUGACCGCGGCGCUACUAGGUAGCGUGAGCAAAGUGGCCGAGUGGGUGGAUCGGGAAGAGCUGAUCGACGUCGUUACCGGCCUCUCAGGAUCCGGUCCUGCCUACUUCUUCGCUAUGGUUGAGCAUUUAAUCGAAAGCGGGAUAAGCCUAGGGCUUUCGCGGGAGCAGGCAACGCGUCUGGCCAAGCAGACUUGCUUUGGAGCGGGCAAGAUGCUAGUUGAAUCGUCCGAAGAGCCGGCGCAGCUGCGAAUCAACGUUACCAGCCCCAAGGGAACUACGGAAGCCGCCCUGAAAAGCUUCGAUGCCUCGGGAUUCAAGGACGCUGUCGAUAAAGCCGUGAAGGCGGCGGCCGACCGAGGCAAGGAGCUGGGAGAGACUCUUGCCAAGUCAUAACUCAACAGAGAGUCCUUAGUGGUUACCUGUUACCAAAGCUUUGGAGACGUUGAACGUUCCACUAAGCUGGGUUCAAAGCCACUUUUCGCCAACUAAGAUCGAAGCAAUAUAGGUCUUAAGUUGACUAGUACUGUCGAGUCAAUCUGUGCAUGCGCGUGAUGAUAUCAAGAAUAACGUAUUAAACAGAACACAGCAGCAGUUGUUAUGUCCAAUUCAAGUCUCAUAAGUACUGCCAUAGUCAUCAAUAUUUGAUCACUAGACCAACGAAAUUGACAGGAUCAAGUUGCCUUUAGCUGAAUACAGAUACGAGCUUACACACCGUCGUAUAAUAUAGCCAUACAUAAUCGCAGUACUUUGCAAAAUAGCCAUUACUAACACUUGUCAGGAAAGUGAAUUAUUUUUCGUUGUCUUAUUAAGACACUUACACUAUUAGUCAGUUAAGACAUUAAGACGUUGACA